CGAUGUUCCCAAAGCACAUCCACCCACUUCGACGUCUCUGACGGGAAGGUCAUCGCCAAGAUGGCCUCCCCACCAGCCUAUCGCAGCGCUGAGCCAUGCAUCGCCUCCUCUUCGCCAAGUCGCGGCGACCUAUCCUCCCCUCUACCGCCUCCAUCGACUCCACCUCCUCGCUCCCUGUCGCCCGAGAGUCCCUCACUCCGCCAUCAGCAUCAACUCAGAGCGAACCCUUGCUCACCACCGCCAAACGACCCCUUCUCUGCCCACAACAAGGCACUAGCAUCUCAGCAUCCGAGCUUUGGCAAAGAAUAUCCGCAUGUCAAGCAUCCAAGCAGCACGCAGCGGCGCAACGCGGGCAAGAGGAGCCUGCCUGUCAGCCCCAACCUUCCACAAGGGGCAACAGGUGCGGCUGCGUAUCGGCCAUCGAAUUCGUCAUCCUCAUCGUCGUCAAGGCGUACAGCAGGGAAUCGCCGAGCAGGCCGGGGAAGCUCAUCUCACGGCCACGCAGGCAGCAGCAGCAGCAGCGGUACAGACGCGAGUGAGCGUAGACGACGUGACCAGGUCCUCGGGGGCUUCUUUGGCGCCGACUCGUCGGAGGCUGAUGCGCCUACUUCGGACGAUCAUCUGGAUCACGUACCCUGGAGUCAGCCAGGCAGCGAUGCUGAAGACACUAGCGCGCACGUCGGGCUUGGCUUGGGCCAAGGGUUCCAAGAGCAGGGCUCCCCAACCUCAGCUCGGCGUCGUCUUCCCCUCAGCGCCUCGGGUACACCCGCAGCGCGGCAGCCCAUUUCCCGCUCCUCCUCCGUCAACGAUCCCUUUGGCGCAUAUCAAGCCCAGCCAUCGGGCUCCAAUCUCUUUCCCAUGCGGGACCACCGCCCAUCACUGUACCGUAACGGCCCAUCAGGUGCAUCCUCUUCGCCCCGCCAACCAGUGACGCAACGUCGUCGUCUUGCUGGCACAUCACCUAAGAAGCUCUCCACCGCUCGCAGCAUGGGGCGGCUUGCCCUCGACCAGGGCAGCAGUGACAGCGAAGACGAGGGAAUCAAUGCAGUCGUCAAGAGGGAGCAAGAGGCAGCGGCUGCAUCAGCAGCCGCGCUGGGCUCAUCCAUGCACGGCCGAUCAAUGAGCCAGUUCUGGACCUCUCUGGUGGAAAAGGUGUGGGAUUCGGGUGACACAGUGAUCGACGUGAGCGAUAGCCAGAUCAUGUCCAUCCACCCAGUGGUUGCGGAUCUGGCAAGCUAUGUCGCGAUUGAGCCGCCUAGGAGUUUUGAGCCUACUACAUCCACAAGCUCCCUCCCGCUGCCGGCGAAGGCGGAGGCCUUUCAGCGACAUCCUUCUAUGGCCUCGAGGGCUCCAUUCAGUCGUACAACUACAACGCUACUGGGUAGCGGGCCCAACUCGCCCCUGGCCAAGACGGAUUCCACCUCGCGCCAUUCCUUCCCUAGGGGUACUCUCCAACUCUUCCUCCACAACAAUUCACUCACUCGUCUGCCCUCCGCCCUCUUCGAAGUGGGCAACUUGCGCGUCCUCUCGCUGCGUAAGAACAAUCUCACCUCCCUCCCAGCAGCCAUUGGUGACUUGGCGCAGCUUCGGGAAUUGAACAUUGCGGGCAAUAGACUGAGGUGGCUCCCCGCAGAGAUCUUAAAGCUGAGAUUGGAUCGCUUCAGCUACUGGCCGAACGCUUUUGUGAGGCCGGCGCAGGACACCGGAGAGAAAGUAGAGACGAGAGCUGUAUUCAGCAUCACGGGGGCGCUGCUUGCUAAUCAGGUCGAUGACCAGGAGGAUGGUGGGUGGCCGACCGACGAAAACCCAGGUGCAGCGGACGAGAAUGGGAGGGACGACACGAUGGAAACAGACUUUCUCGCAUCCCAGCCUACGGUGCGCACCCCAAGCAACCAGCAGGAGUCAACGACGCCUUUGUCGCCUAAUCAAGGCUGUGGCAUGAUGGGACCGCCACCUCUGCCAUACCGCGGAGGGCUCUAUGGUCAGCACCUUCAAGCUGGGCCUUCCGUGGCGGGUCUCGCACCACCACGUCGCACCUUUGACCGUUCACGAUCCGAUGCGCAAGUUGACGACCUGCUCUCGAGGGGCGGAGGGAGGAUGGUCGGCCGCGCCAAUCCAGCGUCGACCCCGUCGGAUCUCCCGUCGUUGACUGCCUCUCCCCCGCUCGGCCAGGAUGGGGACGAGCCAAUGCCAAGCGGCGAAGCCCCAGCGGCACCAUCGGAGUCGACGGCCCCUAUCGCGGGUGCACAGAUCUCACGCAUCCUCGGUCCUCUGGAGCGCGUACCUGGAGCCGGUGCCCUGCCCACGCUUAGGGAGCUUUGCAUUCGUCGCCUCCUCUCUCCCUACGAGGCGUCUGAAGAUGAAGACGACCUCGUUGCGCAUGGAGCAGACGAUUCCCACGCCACGGUGAUGCCCAGCCCUUCCCGUUCGUCCCCUAGCGCCUCAUAUCGCCGAUCAAUUGUCUGGUCACGCGUCCCCUCCUCUUCCUCUGCCUACCAGUAUCGCUAUCACAACACAAAUGGUCGUCGCCCUACCUCUCUCCUGGAGUCAUACGAGAACGGGGCGCUGAGGGAUUUGGAGAUGGGCAACCAGAUGGAGACGAGAACCAUUCGGGCGCUCGAGGCGGCAAGAAGGACGAUGGAAGGGAAGUGGGGCAGUAGGAGUGGGAUCACUGGACUGGCUGGGGCGAGUGCAGCAGGAGGGGACAGCUGGUGCAGGGGCGUAGCAGGGACAAACCGGGACCACCAAGUCGGAGCUGAAGGGGAAGAGGAUGGGGACGAAGCGGACGCCUCUUCUUCCUCAUCGGAAGGCGGAGCGGCCGACGCUGACAGGAAAGGAAGCCGCAUGGCACCCGCUCCUUCAGGUGUAAUGGACGUUUCCUCCCAUCUAGACACUCAAGGGGAUGAUGCUUCGCUCAAUCCGUACUUCAACCGCUGUCCCAAUCCGCGCCAUCAGGAGACCCACAGCCUCUCUACCCAAGCUGGCGGGGUCGGCAGCGAUGGUGACUUUACAGUGGACUAUCCACUUCCUCCCUCAAAGUGCCCCUACGCUCCCAUCUUUGACGUAGCGAUGGAGCAGAGGCUAGAGUGGGUGAGCCAUAUCGCUGGAGUCAAGGUGGCGGGCGUAGAUAGCGGGGAAUUGAUCCCUGUGCUUUGGAGGGGUUGCAAGAGGGGAUGUUUGAGCUUCUUGGACGAAGCGACGCGGUGAAUGCGGUGAAUGCGGGCGGAGGGGGCCUUGAUACCUUGAAACUAUUCUUUCAGUUCAUCCGCAUGAAGCAAUGACUAUUGACGCCGUCCAUAGCAUGACUC